AUGUCGCCAAUGGUGAUGGGCAUUCGUCGCACCAGGGGGCCGGCCACGUCCAUCCCAGCAGACCGGACAGCGUUGCGAUUUGCGGACGAUGAGGAGCACCAGCCUGCGGCGGCGAAGAAGCAUGCAGCGGUCGAGGCAAAGAAGCGCGCCAAGGAGACUCUCGAGGAGGAUGGUGAGGAUGAGGCCGUCGUGAAGGAUGAGACUAUCGGUAAGGAUGAGGCCGCCAAUGAUUCCCUGGGAAUGGCCCAUGUCAAGAAGAUAAUAGCGGACUAUCGUGCGCGCUGGCUGUCGCGCAGUGUGAGCCCUGAGCUGGCCAAGGAACAAUGGCAGUUACUGGCAAAGAAGCUCGCCAAGGAGAAGCUCGCCAAGGAGAAGCUCGCCAAGGAGAAGCUCGCCAAGGAGAAGCUCGCCAAGGAGAAGCUCGCCAAGGAGAAGCUCGCCAAGGAGAAGCUCGCCAAGGAGAAGCUCGCCAAGGAGAAGCUCGCCGAGGAGACUCGCAAGGAGGAGAUCUCGGCCACUCAGGAUGAAUCCAAGGACAUGAUUGUCAGCGAGCUGCUCAACCAGGGUGAGAUGGAGCGUCUUGUGCGAGACUCGUUCGGCAACUACGCGGUCCAGACCGCAAAGCCACUGCCGCUCCCAAGUGAGGCGCUGCACCCGGCGCUCGAAGGCGCAAGGCUGCGGAGCAGGCCGAUGGCGCCGACGCCGAAGAUGACGACGUACAUCAUGAAGCACCAACUUGUUGAGGCCACGGGAGAGUCAACCGCGAAGAUCUCCUCCUCGUCUCUGGGCUUAGAAUCGUCGAGGUUGUCAAGGGGGCGUCCUAGAAGAAUGGAAGAACCGACCCUGCUUGGGUACCGCAUUCACGAAGGAGAACCGACCCUGCUUGGGUACAGCCUUCACGAAGAAGGAGAUAGGCAGGCCGGCGAUGGUGGAUCUACCUACUGUGUGACCAUGCAGUGCAGAGACUUCCUGGCGAAACCCGGCUCGGUAUACUCGUGA